AUGAUACUACCCACAGUUAAUGCCGAGGUGCCAUUGGAAUCCAUGCAAUCAUCUUUGUCGCCAUUAUUGUACUACAAGAGGGUAGGAGGCAGUUUCUUUGGUGGCAGCCUAGCUGCAGCUUGGUUGGUGAACCGUUGGCUGUCCCGCAGAGCGCUGAAUGGGGGCAAUGCCCCAUCCAACUAUCACUGGGACAAGGAAAUUAUACUGAUAACGGGCGGCGCAGGUGGCAUCAGUGAGGAAAUUGUCAAAUAUUUUCAGACUCGGGACACUACAGUGGUUGUCCUAGACGUGCUCCCUCUUUCGUACACACCAGGCAAGAAGACGCAUUAUUAUAAGUGUGACAUCACUAGCUAUGACAAUUUGCAAGUAGUCGCCACACGUAUUCAAGAGGAGGUUGGCGAACCGACGGUUGCCAUCGCCAACGCCUGCAUUUGCAGGGGCAAGCCGAUCCUUGAAGCUUCCAAAGAGGCCGUUGAAUUUUGUGUCUUUUCUUUUCCAUCAGACAAAUUGACUUUCGGCAUCAACAACCUGGCCGUCCUUUGGACGGCAAAAGUAUUCAUGCUAAGCAUGAUUAAGAACAAUCAUGGCCAUUUCCUAGUAGUCGCUUCUCAAACAGCAUAUUCCUCGACACCCGGUCUGACGGACUAUUCCGCCACCAAAUCAGCCGCCGUAGCCAUCUACGAGGAUCUCCAUAGCGAGGUUCAAUACAUCCACAAAGCACGCUCUGUCCGCGUCUCCUGCGUCUCUCCCGGUGUUGUUGACACCAACAUAUUCGUGGGCAUCAAGCUAGGCCUCGGUAUAUCUGCCCUGACACCACAGUAUGUUGGGACUCAGAUUGCGGACAUCAUACUCGCAGGAAGAGCCAGGAACGUUUUCAUUCCCGCUUCAGCAGGCUUCUCGGUCAUUCUGUGUACAAUGCCUGACUGGUUUCGUGCUGCGAUGAAGCCUGUUAGUAUGGGCAUAUUUGAAAAUCUCACGCCCUAUGACCCGAUGAACAGUCAGCGGAGGAGGGAAUAG